CUCCUCCACGUAAACAAACUAUCUACUUAAGUAGUUGCAGACUUACAGCCAGUUUACUCCCCCUGACUAAACAACCUACCCUAUGCUCUCCCGCUUAGUGCCUAAGCCCAGCACAUUGCGCACGCUCAAUCUCGCCCGAAAAUUAAUCUCAACUCGAUCAUUUUCACUCACUACAGCUUCGCAAAAGCAGGAUAGCAACAUGAAAUACGUCGUCGUAACGGGCGGAGUAGUGAGUGGACUCGGCAAGGGCGUUACUGCUAGUAGCAUCGGCGUCGUUCUCAAAGCCUGUGGCCUUCGUGUCACUUCUAUCAAAAUCGAUCCGUAUUUGAACACAGACGCUGGUACAAUGUCUCCGUUUGAGCAUGGGGAGGUUUUCGUUCUUGAUGAUGGUGGAGAGGUUGAUCUGGACUUGGGUAACUAUGAACGUUUUUUGGAUGUGAGACUGACAAGAGACAAUAACAUUACUACUGGAAAGAUCUAUCAGUCGGUCCUUGACAAGGAACGGAGAGGCGAUUAUCUUGGGAAAACUGUCCAGGUAGUCCCACAUAUUACGGAUGCAAUAAAGAAUUGGAUUGAGUCUGUGUCUGUUAUUCCUGUGGAUGGAAAAGAGGGCCCAGCUGAUGUUUGUGUCAUAGAAUUGGGAGGCACCGUAGGUGACAUUGAAUCAAUGCCCUUUAUAGAAGCUUUGCGGCAACUAUACUUCUCUCUGGGACAAGAUAAUUUCUGCCUCAUUCAUGUGAGCUUAAUACCUGUAUUGGGUGUUGUGGGAGAGCAAAAAACAAAACCUACACAACACAGUGUGCGGGAACUAAGAGCACUUGGCUUGACCCCUCAUUUUCUGGCAUGUCGUUCUGCAGAGCCAUUACUGGAGGGCACAAAGCAAAAACUUUCGCAAUUUUGCCAUGUUUCUAUAGGCAACAUACUUAAUAUCCAUGACGUUCCAAACAUUUGGCACAUCCCUCUCUUACUUCAGAACCAGAAUGCUCAUGAUGCCAUUUUAAAGCAGUUGGACCUAAUUAAUGUAGCUACUCCACCUAAUUUACAGGAAUGGAAUAACAGAGCUCAGAAAUUUGAUGACCUCAAAGAUUCUGUAAGGAUCGCGAUGGUUGGGAAAUAUGUUGGCCUAACAGAUUCCUAUUUGUCUGUUGUGAAGGCACUUCUUCAUGCCUGCAUUUCUUGUUCGUUGAAGCCAGCAGUUGAUUGGAUUGCUGCUUCUGACCUUGAAGAUGAUAGUGCCAAAUUGACUCCAGAACUUCAUGCUGCAGCAUGGAAGACUCUAAAGAGUGCAGCGUGUGUCUUGGUUCCUGGUGGAUUUGGAGACCGCGGGGUAAAGGGAAUGAUAUUGGCUGCUAAUUAUGCCAGAGUGAAUAAAGUUCCAUAUUUAGGGAUCUGCUUAGGCAUGCAGAUUUCUGUAAUUGAGUUUGCACGAUCUGUCUUGGGUUUGAAAAGGGCAAACAGUUCGGAAUUUGAUGCGCAGACACCUGAUCCAGUCAUAAUUUUUAUGCCAGAGGGUUCAAGAACACACAUGGGAAGUACAAUGAGACUUGGUGCUCGAAGAACGUUAUUCCAGACCUCUGACUGCAUCACCGCAAAGCUGUAUCACAAUCAAAAGUUUGUGGACGAGCGACAUCGGCAUAGAUACGAGGUAAAUCCAGAGGUGGUUGGCAUGUUAGAAGAAGCUGGCUUAAAAUUUGUAGGGAAGGAUGAAAGUGGUCAGCGAAUGGAGAUUGUAGAGCUCCCCGAUCAUCCAUUCUAUGUGGGAGUGCAAUUUCAUCCAGAGUUUAAGUCACGACCUGGAAAGCCUUCAGCUCCAUUUCUAGGUCUUAUACUGGCUGCAACAGGACAGUUAGGGGCUUAUCUCAGUGAACAACAGAAUGGGAGUCUAUAAGCAACUGCAAAAGUUCAUUGCUCAAUGUGUGACAAGGUACUUUAGUUUGUUAGGAGAGCCUAAGUUCCAAGGUCCUUCGCCUGCUUAAAAUACUGUAGUCAGUUCCUCCUUGUCCUGCUGUUCGUCUAUGUUGUUUGGACCUUGCAAGGAUAGGCGCUACAAAGUUGGAUCCUUCUUUCUUAUUGAUAUUUCUUGGUUUGACAAGGUCUUAAGCUCUCAUUGUCACUUGCAGUGUAACAUGGUCAUCCUUAAAGAUAAAUCCAAACAAAUGUACUUAAUUUGCAUCAUCAAUCAUGUAUACUUUUAUUUAGCCAGUA